AUGAAUGCUGUUCAUGUCUGUUUUGAUGGUACCUUAUUUGACUACUUCAAUGGUUAUGAAGAUUUAAAAAAUAAGAAAGUUAGGUUUGUUGGACAUGCUAAACAGAGAAUACAAGAAGAUUAUCUUCGAAUUUUACGGUAUUUCCGGUUUUAUGGGAGAAUUGUAGACAAACCUGGUGACCACGAUCCUGAGACUUUGGAAGCAAUUGCAGAAAAUGCAAAAGGCUUGGCUGGAAUAUCAGGAGAGAGGAUUUGGGUGGAAUUGAAAAAAAUUCUUGUUGGUAACCAUGUAAAUCAUUUGAUUCACCUCCUCUAUGAUCUUGAUGUGGCUCCUUACAUAGGCUUACCUACUAGUGCAAGUUUAGAAGAAUUUAACAAAGUUAGUAAAAAUGCUGAUGGUUUUUCACCAAAGCCAAUGACUCUCUUGGCCUCAUUAUUCAAAGUACAGGAUGAUGUCACAAAAUUGGAUUUGAGGUUGAAGAUUUCAAAAGAAGAGAAGAACCUUGGUAUAUUCAUAGUUAAAAACAGGAAAGAUUUAGUUAAAGCAAUGGAUAGUUCAGAGCCACUGAAACCCUAUCAAGACUUCAUUAUAGAUUCUAGGGAAUCUGAUGCAAUGCCCCGUGUGUGUGAACUCCUGAAGUACCAGGGAGAGCAUGGUCUUCUGCAGCAGAUGCAGCAGUGGUGCAUUCCUCCAUUUCCUGUGAGUGGCCAUGACAUCAGAAAAGUGGGCAUUUCUUCAGGAAAAGAAAUUGGGGCUCUGUUGCAGCAGUUGCGAGAACAUUGGAAAAAAAGCGGCUACCAAAUGGAGAAAGACGAACUCCUAAGUUACAUAAAGAAGAGCGAAAAUUGAUGAGAGCUGGCACUAAAUAGCAGAAAAUUUGGGGUAAGGCUAGGUUUUCUUCUCUCCCUCUCAGUGAGAUUUAAGAGACUUGAAUGAAAGCCAGCUUGGAGGACCUUCUCAGAUCAACAGAGGUCUUUGUGAGUUUCUGGCAGUAAACUCAAGUCUACCUCCUCUUAAAUCUCAUUUAUAUCCUUGAACCUUCUGCUGCUUCUGGAGUAGUUCCUGCUGUGAAUAGUAUAGUUGGCUUCCCCUGUCUAGGGUUUAACUUUUUUUUUUUUUUUUCCGGUGUAGCGCAUUACUGAUCUUAAAAAGUGGUAACUAUCUUUAAGAAAAAAGUGUGUGUUUGCUAUUGAAAUAACUACAUUAUUUUAUCAGUGUCUUUAAGUGUUAAUUCUUACUUGAAUUUAACACAUUUAAAUGAAUUUAAUUUCAACACCAACUUGUGUUGAAAUUAGUUGACAGAAUAUCCUGUAUAAAAUUAUGAAGACUAGGUAUGUCCUGGGUGGCUGGCAUUCAUACACCUGAAACUUGUUCUCGCAAGCUCUAAGUUUUAGUAUGUAGUUGAUACCUUCCUUUGUCAUAAUGAUUUCUUUAUGCGUGCUAAGCCUGAGAAAGACUGGCUUGACAGUUACUCUUGAGCCUUUAAUAAACAUUCCCUUUGGAACUGGAAGAUAAAUGUGCUUAUGUGGUAUGUGACAGUAUACAUCAGGUUUCUCCUGUACCCUUAGUCGUUAAUUUUUUUCACGAAUUAAAAAGAUAUGGCCUACAUUAAAAUAUCCAUGACCAGGCUUGUACAUAUGCUUUUUAAAGGUUUGAGCCUUAAAUGCUUUCGGUAGGUAAAGGGGUGUACAGUGCAAAGUACUGUUUCAGCUGUUACAUUCUAACAUUUUAUAAUUGAUUUGACUUCUUGUAUAGCCAGUCCUAGCAUCUCUGUCCUCUGUGGGGACAAGUCAAUAAUUUAAGUCCUACUAAAAUAGAAUCUCUAAAUAGGAAGUAUGCAGAGAUACCGCUAUUUCAGAGGUCUUGUUUUGUUAUGUAUAAAACCAAUCUAAAAGUGUUAUAUGCAUUUCUUUUACAUAUCAGAAAAUUUUAUUGGCCAGUGUCAAUGAACAAAAUAGAACACACUGUGAUUACACCCUUCAGGUGGCAAAAGUAAAAGCGGGGUGCCCUGUGACUGCUAUUGGAAUAGUGUAAGACUAUGUGAACAACUAGUAUAGUCCUCUAAACCCAAUGUUCUCAGUAGUAUUACAAAAACCCUACAACUUGGGCAGGUCCUACAUUGCUUUUCAUUUGCCUCCUGUACGUAAAUACGCAAUGUGAGAUCUUCAGUUGAUCGUUUUAGUCUAGGCACUCACAACCAUUGCACAUUUGGUAAAAGAAGAAAAGAAAAUAUUGAUAAAUUAAAACGAGAUUUAACAGUCUCCCCAUCAGUUGAACUUUGCCCAGUUAUGAAAACUGAAGUUAAUUACACAAAUGUGAAAGGAUCCAUCAACACUUGGACAUAUAAGCAAAGAGGUAGGUGGCUAAUCAGUAUCUAGAGCUUCAUCUUUAUGCUUAAAUUAUCAGCUUGUGAGUAAAUAUUCUACAUUAUUUAGGCAAAGAAAAUGUGUAAUAUUUGCUCUUAAACUUUACUUAGAUUUUCAAUUUACAUGGAACAAAGGUGCUUACAAAAUGCAGUCACUUGUAGCCUGAUUGAAGGGAGGUAUGUUUUAGUAUCUCUGUUCCAUAUUAGUUAAGGUUCAAAUUGAAAUUUGGAACAGAAUAAGCAGGGUGUUCAGACACACUCAGCAAAUACAUAAGGAAAUGAACACUAUUUUGGGGCUCAAACUGUAUUUUAACUCUUUAAUAUUUUCAAAAUUUACAAAUCAAUAGGAGAGAAACUCAAGAAAAUUAAAGCCUUUGCCUAUUUCAAAGGGAACAUGUACUUGGCACCCUAGCUUUGGGAACUUCUAAAAACUUGCUGUUGGUUCCAUGUAUCAGGAGCAAAUGAUUAACCUCGAGUUAGGGGAAUUACAAAUAUGUUUGGUGCAGGAAAACCCAUCUCCUCCCUUUCAGAGAGGUCUUCGUAUCCUAGCAGGUCCGAAUAUAAUGGUAUCAAGCUAGAUAUUCCUAAAAACCCAAGUUUUCUAGACUGCUUUUCAGCCUUUUCAAUAGUAUAUUUUAAUUUAAAUCUUCAAAAACCCUUGACUAAGAAACUGCAACCUUCCACAUAAUGUUGCUUUUUACUUAGGUAUGCGUCAAAAGCAGUAAUUUCCAAAGCAGAUCUGAUUUUACAAGACCAACUAGAUAAAUAACUUUAUCUCUACCAUAUUUGUUUAUAAGCAAAGUAUUACUUUGUCGGGGCUUAUCUCAUCUUCAGUGUCUGGGAUUGUGGGCAACAGAGCAGAUCGAGUCAAACCCCAAAAUUUUUGAGGUGACAUGUCUUUUUUGGUGGCUGUAAAUUUCCAUCCAAUAUGGCUUGCACAGAUCCUACACUGGGCGAUAGUCCAAGCAUACCUACAAAAUUAAAGAAAGGUAUCAGCUAAGGAAACACAUUUCUGUACCCCAAGCCUAUCAUUGUAUAAAGCUGUUAUCAAGACAGAGCUAAAUUCUAUAUGAUUUCCUGAAACAAAUUUGAUUGUGUUCUUAAGCUGUGUUUAUUUUUUUCUUUCUUGGCAUUGGAGGAAAAACUUAAUCUUGUUAAUAUGGAUUAACUCGCAGGUACCUUUCCUUCGUGGUUUUGUAUUGCAGUCACGUUACAAAACACUAUCCACUUCCAGAAAUACACUUAUGAGUUAAAAUGGGGGGUGGGAGGGAGACAUAUAUGAAUUUCUAAGAACUACUUCUGAAGAAUGAUUUUGAAGAAUGAUUUUGUCAGAAAAUUCAUCCAGAAAAUCAAAGUAUAACUAGAAAAAUAAACAAAACCACUUGUAUCUAACAGUUAAUUCUAGUUUUAAUCCUUAACAAGGAUGUUAAAUAAGCUUGGACAAUUCAAGUGAUACGGUCCUACAUCCAAAAUGGCAAUUAUUUUUAAUUUUAUUUUAGAGAAAGCCUUAGGGGGUGUCUUAAGCAGACGUGGGGGCUUGAGCUCAACUACCCUGAGAUCAUGACCUGAGCAGAAACUAAAAGAUGCUUAACCAGCUUUGCUCCUCAGGUGCCCCCAAAAGGACAAUUGUAAUCAUUAAUUCAUACUCUGCUGGCCUCUUUCAAAAUAAAAGACUGACCCAGAAUUUGGAAGCAGACUAUUAACACUAGUUCCCAGGUGGUGCUGCUAGUUCUAGGCUCAUACUUUGAAGGCCACUGGGCUAAAGAAAGAAAAAAAAUGAAGAAAACCAGGAUUCAAUGCUUUUCCAGCUGUUUUGUCAUUGCUUGGGAAAUAUUCUCUGGUUUGACAUUACAGAAUAUGGUUCAGAUACAGUUUUACUGGGUUUUAAGCCAGCUGGUUUUCAGAAUGAGCUAAGUCUGGAUUAAAUGUAUAGUUAAUUUAAGGAUAACUGCAGUUGCCAACCUUCUAACUUUAUAUUUAGUGAGAGUAUGCCAAACUAGCUGUUACUAGCCAUUCAUAAAAUGAAGAACAUUUAAAUAGAAUUAUUCAUCUCACUAUUUUUGAUUACAAUUCUAACAGCUCUGCUUAGGACUCUGUCCAAUUAAGGCAAACCCACUCCCCCCCCAAAAAAAGUAACCACCACAUUACCCAGGAAACCAGCUGUGCUCUGUAGAAGGCCGGCCUAUCAGAUUCAAGUUGCAAGCUUUAUACACCGUAAGUGUCUCAUGCACAUAUCCAUGAGGAUUCACAUAAGCUGCCAUUGGUCCACAUAAGGAUAAACUACAAGACAGAAUCAGCAUAGAAGUCAAAAUGGGAAGGAAAAAAAUGUCUAAUGGGGUUAUAAGAGGUAAUAUCAGAACUUUAGUAUGUGAAGAGGAGGUUGGGAGUCAGCCCAGUUUCAUUAGUCUACAUGUUUGUAAAACAGGGAGCUCAUCUAAAGGAGUCUCAGAGUGGAAGUACAGUGAAAAGGUCCUAUUUAGUCAUCCUUGGGCAACUGAUUACUUUGUAGGCAACAGUUUCUUUACUGUCCUGGUUUAUAAGUACUAACUGAAGUAAUUCUUAAACACUUAUAUCACAGCAUCAGUACAUGUUCAGAAGCAUGUCCCACUUUACCUUUGGGCCCUAUGUCUGCCUGGAAGACCAUACCUGAGGCAUUCAUGUUAGGUCCUUAAUCACUAAGAAGAUAAACAGAUUAUCAAGCAGGAAUGGGGGAAAAUAAGGACUGCCCCUUUGUUUGACUCUACCAUGCUCAUUACCUGUGAAUAAUAUCUUACAUAAUCAUUGCUGCUGAGUACCCAAUCAGGAAGGGUGUCAACUCCCCACAUUGCAUUUGCUGAAUGAUUAUUAUUUAAUAGAGGGAAAUCUAUGGGAAAUGGAAAUAUGGUCUUGACCAUAACUCUGUUACAGCAGUUGGGAAAAUGUAUUUAGAAGUAUACUGAAAAUGUAAUAAAGCUCUCACCUGAAUAUUUCA